CCAGUGGCACUGCAUUGCAUGCACUGCAUGGGUUUUAGUUAGCUAGCUCUGCCGUGCCUGCUGCGCCAGACAUGUUUGCAAGUUGUCUCAUCCGUCUACACAACUUUGCAUGACAUUUUAUUGAGUGUUCAUCAUUUGUUUGAGCCUUAUAUUUACGUCAUCUUAUGCUUCUUGGGCUUGGUCGUUUUUCCAGGGGUUCUGCAUUUGAUUGAAUCAUGAGUGUUGAUAGUAAAGGACCGCUGGUAAUCUCCGCCAAACAGAGUACACCUAAACGAGUCACCCCAGGCAAACCUAGGAAAGGUGGAAAGGUGAUUGGGCAGAUUCCUGUGGAACUCUUAAAUGACCCUUUACUCCAAGAUGCUAUGAAAAGUCUUCCACAAAAUUACAACUUUGAAAUUCCGAAGACGAUAUGGCGGGCAAGAUCUAUUGGAGCAAAGAGAGUUGCUCUGCAGUUUCCAGAAGGCUUGCUCCUAUUUGCUUGCACAAUUUCAGAUAUAAUUGAGAGGUUCACUGACGCAGACACACUGAUCAUGGGUGAUGUGACGUAUGGGGCAUGUUGUGUGGAUGACUUCACGGCCAGAGCUCUAGGGGCAGACCUCAUGGUUCACUAUGGACACAGCUGCUUGGUUCCAAUCAACAUAACAUCAGAUAUCAACAUGCUGUAUGUGUUUGUGGAUAUCCAGAUAGACACAGCUCACUUCAUAGAUACCAUCAGACACAACUUUGAUCCGGGGUCAUCUAUAGCGCUCGUCAGUACUAUCCAGUUUAUUGGAGCCGUGCAUGCUUCUGCAGGAGAGUUGCAGUCUGACUACACAGUGGUGUUACCCCAAGCUAGACCCCUCUCUAAGGGCGAGAUAUUAGGAUGCACAGCACCCCAACUCAAUCAAGUAGACUAUAUCAUUUACCUUGGAGAUGGCAGGUUCCAUCUUGAAUCCAUCAUGAUUGCUAAUCCGGCCAUUGAAGCUUACAAGUAUGACCCCUACAGCAAGGUCUUCUCGAGGGAGUACUACGAGACAGAGCGUAUGCAUGGUUUACGUCAAGAAGCCAUUGAGAAGGCCAGGCAAGGCAAGAAGAUUGGUCUCAUCUUGGGGACUCUGGGGAGACAAGGAUCUCCUAAUGUUCUAGAUAGUCUGAAAGAGCAAGUGACAAAGGCAGGGAAGGAGUAUAUAGUCGUACUUCUAUCUGAAAUCUUUCCUGACAAGCUGGGAUUGUUUGCAGACAUUGAUGCCUGGGUGCAAAUUGCCUGUCCACGUCUAUCCAUCGACUGGGGAUAUGCCUUCCCUAAGCCCUUACUAUCACCCUAUGAGGCUGCUGUAGCCCUCAAGUCCAUUCAAUGGCAAUCCAGGUACCCCAUGGAUUUCUAUGCUAACGAUAGUCUUGGACCAUGGACACCUAACAACCAAGCACAUCGACCCUCAAGACCUGUCAGGAAAUCCAAAAUCGCGAUAGAGAAAGGCGACUCUUCAAAGGACAUUCCUAAAUCUGAAAGUGCAACUUCAACGUCCACUGAGCAAGGAGAAACAAAGAGAUGAUAGUGGAAGUCAAUGAAACCCUGGAGAGAUUUGUAAUAAACUUUUUAAGCUAAACUAUCAUUGUGAUAGUUUUAGAGAUUCAGGAACCAGAUUCUGAAAAAACAAUGUUAUGUUUUACGUGAGGGAAAACGAUAUUCGUCGUCAUAACAAACCAAGAUUGAGCGGAACUAACACUUACCAUUGAUGCUUGAGUAAAUGCAAUGACUUUUAACUUUACGUGAACACAGGCAGCUUUGCGUAAACAUUACCCAACGACUUUUCCUAAUUUUGAUUUGUUAUGACAAUUAACAUCAUUUACUAACAUGAAAGUUAAAUUGUUUUCAGAAUACCACCACUGCACCUUUUGCAAUAUAUUACAGUGUGUGUAUUGUAUUUUUUAUGAGCCUCGGAUAAUACAACUACCUUUUUGAGGAGACAGAUGAUGUGACUACUGUAAGUUCAUUCUCUAUACACUUUAUAAUGUUUUAAUUCUCGCUACAGCAAACGGCCGUAGAGGGCAGCUCCAGCCACAGGUAUAUCUGGCAAAGGUUAUUGCCCUCGGCAAGCCUUGGGCAAUAGCUCGAUUGUACCCUUCCCUUGAGUGUAUAAAAACAACUAAGUUUCUCAAAGCAGUCAUUAAUACUAUUAUAAUUAACAGAUUAUGAUGGUGCCUACAUAGGUCUCAUGAAAUCAUUGAGGGAGUUUAUGAAACCUGAACAAUGGUUAAGUAAAAUAAGGAAUUAGUUGACACUGCUGUACAUGCUCUAUGGAAGCCGGAAGAAACCUUGUCUUAUCGUCUUAUAUAUAUUUUGUGCCUGUGCUUACCGGUGCUGUAUGGAAGAAAGGUUGGCAUCUACUAUCAAGCAUUGUAUUUGCUGUAGAGUCAAUUCAGACAUUUUUAUUUAGAAUUGGUCUGAUGUGCUGAUAGUAAAUGAUCUUCCCCUUAUAAUUGAUAUACCCUAUUUACUAAUUGUAUGCAUACUUUUUCAACAAAAUUUUCUCUUAUCUACUACAAAAGAGUUCCAGAGGGUUGCCUAAUGUAGCAACAGCUAAUGUAUGCUAAGUUGAUUCCAUCCACAGAGAUGUCAUUUUUCAUAGCAGGUGAAUAAAAUGGCUGGUUAGGGAGAGAAACAUGCAUACAUUAAAGUACAUACAUUUAGUUAACAGGUCUAUUCAUACAAACACAAUGAGGUAAAUAUUGAGUACCGGUAAUUGCAAUUCAACUACGGUGAAUUGAUGUUAUAUCUACAAUCAUGUUGCGGCCUGAUAAUUAUAGUACCGUAUAGAAUGAUCUUGUUUGCAUUUUUUCUGGACAAUUCAUGCAUUAUAUGUUUUCCAGUCAAAUUGUUACCUUCAAAAGGCAUCACUAUUUAUUGUCUAUUCACUAUGAUGUGUACUUUGUGUAUAGGCAAAGUACUAUAUAAAAAAAAAA